AUGGCCUCCUACACCCGCCCGAACCCCGCCAACCCUAGUAGCCCGGCCCCGUCGGCGCCGCCGCUCUACCCGUCGCUCACCAUGGCGGACCUGGCGCCGGUCGAGAUCCCGCGGUCCCCGGCCUCCCCCGACGCGCCGGCGCCGUCGGACGACGUGCUGCUGCGCGCCCCCGGCGCGCAGCUCCACCUAAUCGACCGCCAGCGCAGCCACCCGCUGGCCGCCGGCGACCUCUCCCUCCACCGCAUCCGCGCCGGCGACACCUCCCUCGCCGCCAUCGCGGCCCUGGGACCCGUCCAGUGGCCGCUCGCCCGCGACGUCGCCGCCGUCAAGCUCGACCCGCGCCACUACUCCUUCUCCUUCGCCGUCCCCGCCUCCGCCGACGACCCGGCCCCCGAGCCGCUCCACUACGGCCUCACGCUCUCCGCCCCCGACCCGCGCCUCGACGCCCUGCUCGGCGCCUACACCAGGUUCUCCGCCCACUCCGUGGCCGGCAGCGAGGGGCUCGCCGACGGGGUGCGCGGCGAGGUGGAGGCCGCCGCGUACUGGACCGCCGUCGCGCCCAACGUCGAGGAGUACGGCAGCGCCGUCGCCAGGGCCAUCGCGUCCGGCGCCGAGAACGUCGCCAAGGGGAUCCUGUGGUGCGGGGUGAUGACCGUCGACAGGCUCCGGUGGGGGCAGGAGGUUCUCAGGAAGAGGAUUCAGCCCGGCGAUACCGAGGCCGAGGUCAGUCCGGAGAUGCUCAGGCGGAUCAAAAGGGCUAAGAAGGUGACAAAAAUGUCCGAGAAAGUGGCAACUGGAAUACUGUCUGGAGUUGUGAAGCUUACUAGCUCUGUUACAAGCUCAUUGGUUAACUCAAAAGCUGGCAAGAAGUUCUUCAGCCUAUUGCCUGGAGAGGUUAUUCUUGCUUCACUUGAUGGAUUUGGCAAGAUUUCUGACGCCGUAGAAGUGGCUGGGAAGGAUGUGCUAUCAACAUCGUCGACGGUGACGACCGGUCUUGUAUCCCACAAGUACGGAGAGAAAGCUGCUGCGGCAACCAACGAAGGGCUCGAUGCGGCAGGCCACGCCAUCGGAACGGCGUGGGCUGUGUUCAAGCUCCGGCAGGCAUUGAACCCGAAGAGCGUCCUGAAACCCACGUCGCUCGCCAAGUCCAGCAUCAAGGCUGGAGCCGCGGAGCUCCGGGCGAAGAGCAGCAAGAGCAAGUAG